AUGGAACUAGAAGAAAAUGACGAAACUCCAAUAACGGGAACUGCAUUAAAUGAUCCUAUUUCCCAAAUACAAACCAAGGACCUUUCCAAAGAAUCUACAUACAUCAAGCUUACUGAUACUAAUUAUCUUGCAUUUUUCCUUAUCGGUAUUGCAUUACUUUGGCCGUGGAACUCAUUCUUAAGUGCGUCAUUAUAUUUCCAGCAUGAUGUAUUUCAAGACACGUCGGUGUAUGCAAGGAUUUACAUCAGUACCAUGAUGACAGUUAGUACGAUAUCAUCGGUACUGUCUAACAUAAUUUUAUCCAAAAUUCAACAUCAUUACACUGAAAGAAUUGUUAGUGGAUUGUUCUUCGAAAUUAUUGUAUUUACUUCAUUAUGUGGUGUGGUACUAUUCCAUCGUUGGUUAUCCCACUUACUGUCAUUCAUCAUGAUUAUGUUUCUAGUGCUUGUCAGUUCCGUUGCAACUGCACUCUCUCAAACCGGUGUCAUGGCUAUGGCUAACGUUUUCGGACCAGAAUACAAUCAUGCAGUGAUGGUGGGACAAGCCGUCGCAGGGGUACUACCGUCGCUAGUGCUCUUCAUGGUCUCGAUCUUCAAUCAAAAACAGGAACAAACAGCGACAGGUAUCAAUCUAUAUUUCUUAUCCACUAGUGUCAUGUCGUUUGCAUCCAUCGUGGCAUAUAAAAAAAGUGAUAUACCUAUCAUUGGAGGAGAUAUGGCUCAGCGGACAGCUGAUGAGCCUAAGGUUUACGUCCCAUUCAAAGUGCUUUUCCUGAAAUUAAGGUACCUUGUGCUCUCUAUAUUUACCAUCUUCUGCGUUACGUUAAUUUUCCCAGUAUUUGCAUCAAACACGUACGUGGUAAGAUUCCCGUUAAGGAAUUCUGAAUUCAUUCCAUUCAUAUUCAUGCUUUGGAACAUUGGCGAUUUAGUUGGAAGAAUCAUCGCAGAACAUACUUUCAAUUCCAAAAUGCUAACUCCACGUAAGAUAUUCAUCUACUCUCAGCUACGUAUCCUAAUGGUUGCGGUGUUUUUCCUAUUCAACGUAAGAAACAUUAGAAAGAAUUCACAUCUUGGUGUGUUUCUCGAUCUAUCCUACAGUUUCUGGCAAUUCAUGUUUGGAUUGACCAACGGACUCUUGGCGAGCUGUAGUUUCAUGAACGUCGGCAGAUCAUUAGAUACAGAAGACGAAAGAAAAGCCGCAGGAGGCAUUACCAAUGUGUUUUUGUCAAUCGGUCUAGCGUCUGGCAGUGUUAUCAGUUACUUAUUUGCAUAUAUCAUUUCACAGAUGUAA